CAUUGUUCAUUCAAUCAAAAACUCUAAUUAGCAGUGUAUUUUAAAAAAUUUAAAUUUAAUUAUUAUUACUUUAGGCUUACAUUGUUAUUCUAAUACUAAUAACAAAAUUUUCUUGAUUUUAUAAAUUAAAUAAAUAAGUUUAAACAAUAAUUAUUUUUGGUAUUUAAAACGAAAUAUGUGUGGUUUUGGUAUGUCUCUCAGCAUUUGUGUGCUGGCACUUGUUGUUUAGUAUUUGCGUCCUAUAUAUUGUGGUUGUUGUUGUUCGUGAAGGUACACAUUUGCUUUUCUAGGAUCCGUCUCCGUUUUGGCAUUUCCCUUUUCCCUUCCUUUCCUUUUUUCACAUCUGAGAAUCUCCAUUCUUCUGUACCCUAUCUUGUUGAUUUGGGAAAGAGAUGUCAAAACAAGGGGCUUUUGAUCUGGCAUUUGGGGUUGGUGGAAAAAUUGGCAAGGAUGAUGUUCUCUCUGCUGUUGACAAGUAUGAGAAGUAUCAUGGUUAUUAUGGUGGUGAAGCAGCAGAGAGAACGAAUAACUACACUGACAUGGUAAACAAAUACUAUGAUCUUUGCACUAGCUUCUACGAAUACGGCUGGGGAGAGUCAUUCCAUUUUGCACCCAGGUGGAUAGGAGAAUCACUCCAGGAAAGCAUGAAGAGGCAUGAGCACUUCCUUGCCUUGCAACUGGGGCUGAAACCAGGACAAAAGGUCUUGGAUGUAGGAUGUGGAAUUGGAGGGCCGUUAAGAGAAAUUGCUCGAUUCAGCUCUACAUCGGUUACAGGCCUCAACAACAAUGAAUAUCAGAUAACUAGGGGACAGGUGUUGAACCGCAAAGUAGGAUUGGAUCAGACUUGCAACUUUGUAAAGGGUGAUUUCAUGAAAAUGCCAUUCCCUGACAACAGCUUUGAUGCAGUGUACGCAAUAGAAGCUACCUGCCAUGCUCCAGAUCCGGUUGGAUGCUAUAAAGAGAUCUAUAGGGUGCUGAAGCCUGGUCAGUGCUUUGCUGUGUAUGAGUGGUGUAUGACUGAUUCAUACAAUCCAAAUAACGCAGAGCAGAAAAGGAUCAAGGAAGAAAUUGAGCUUGGAAAUGGUCUCCCAGAGAUUAGAUCAACACAACAGUGCCUAGAAGCAGCGAAAAAAGCUGGUUUUGAAGUUGUGUGGGAUAAGGAUCUCGCUGAGGAUUCGCCUGUUUCAUGGUACAUGCCUUUAGAUACUAGUCACUUCUCACUCAGUAGCUUCCGCCUAACAGCUGUUGGCAGACUUUUCACCAGAAAUCUGGUGUCAGCACUCGAAUACGUGGGACUUGCUCCUAAAGGCAGUCAAAGGGUUCAAGCUUUCUUGGAGAAAGCUGCAGAAGGUCUUGUUGGUGGUGCCAAGAAAGGGAUCUUCACGCCAAUGUAUUUCUUCUUGGUUCGCAAGCCCAUAUCAGACUCCCAGUAAUUUGGAGUUGAUUUCACUUUUGCAUCAAUGCUUUAGUUAGCAUAUCUUUUAACAUUCUUGGCCCUGAACUAUAUAUAAUGUCAGGGCUAAUUAAGGUGACUUAGUUUUUUGGGAGGGUGUUCUGGGCUGGGUGGGGUUUUCCUUUUCUUGCGUUGCUUGCCUGUCAUAAUUUUUGAUAUUUAGCUGUUGUUAUGUUGCUAAUAAUCGUCCUUCUGAAGAUUUUUUAUUGUUAAAUAUAUAUAUGGCAUUUUAA